UUCAUCUUCCAAUCAAAGUGAUUGCAGAAAUCUAGCAACACACUUUUCAAGAUGAAGUCGCUCUUUGUCAUUACUCUAGUUCUAUUUUCAUGUCUGUGUCUUGUUGGAGUCACCGAGGCCGUUUCUGUUUCAAAGGAAGGUACACAAGAUGAAGCUUUUGAUCCUGAAAACAUUCUAGAUUCAGGCAAACUGACCCAGACAGAAGAGGAUAAAAUCUCUGAAAUUAGAAAACAAGUAUUGUUCCUUCAGGAAUCCGUUGCUGAGAUCACCCGUUCCUUCUUAACUCUCGAGCUCGUCGCGAAGAAUCCAUCAAUGAUGGCCAAGAUCCACAUUCCUGACUCUCUCGAGACCGAGUUCGAGCUGGGACAACCUGCAAAGGCACGACGUCGAAGGGAAGUCGACUCGCCAUCGACUCUCCCGAAAUCGUUACAUUCUUCUGGUGCCGAGCAGCCAAGCUUGGAUGAGAACCCACUCGGACCAUACUCUGGUGAAUGUUUCAUGUGUCCUCCUGGUGUUCCUGGACAAAGAGGUCCUUCAGGCCCUCAGGGGGUUGCAGGAAGGGACGGUAGAGACGGAAGGGAUGCACCGACGAGUCCACAAGCUGAGGAAAAACCCACUUCACCAAGCGACGGUGAUGAUUUAGUGCAUCCAGUAGGUAACAUGACUGGUAUCAUCUAUACUCGCUGGGGUAACGAUAAAUGUCCCGAAGAUGCAGAACUCAUCUAUUCAGGUACUAUUGCAGGUGCACACUUCACCCAUGCUGGCAGCGGCUCAAAUUAUCUCUGCAUGCCGGACGAGCCUAUCUAUGACGAAGUAGAAACUUCUAAACAUGGUUACCGAGCCCUACUAUUCUCCACUGAAUACCAAGUCAUUACUGGUCCUGCCCGGAUGCAGCCAAUGAAUGACCAGACUCCGACCUGUGCAGUCUGCAGGGCGCCCUCUGGCCGCACCAGCAAACUUAUGAUUCCUGCCCGCAACGUGUGUCCUUCUAAAGAGUGGCGUUUAGAGUACGCUGGUUAUAUUAUGGCAGAAAAACAUAACUUCAAGAGAUCGGAAUUUGUGUGUGUGGACCGAGAGAUGGUUCCCAAAGCGGGUACCCAGGGGAAUCAGGAUGGUGGGCUGUUGCACCUGACAGAAGUUCGGUGUGUGGUGGGUAAUGGCUUGGAUUGUGGACCCUACAUCGAUGGCUACGAAAUAACUUGUGCUGUCUGUACUUUCUGAAGUCCUGCUAAUAAAUAUUAUGUCAUUCAGUAUAGUUUGACACGAGAAUCGACAACUGUGUCAUAAGUUCAUGUCAUCCUUUUAUAACAUUUAACAUUCAGACACAUACCAGUGAUAAAGUGUAAACCUUAGUUUUAUACACACACACAAGUGAUAAAAUCUAAACUUUAGUUUCAUACACACGACAGUGUAAAAGUGUCUGAUAAAAUAAGGCCUACUUCGUCGAUUGUUCUCUAAAUUGUGUUAAUGUACAUGAAUAUGAAUAUUGAAUUUCAUGAUAGAUUUUCUCUUCCUUCAGGAAACAAUAAUUCUUUUGCUACUCUGAAUUUUCUGACACAAAUGUGUAUUAAUUCUCACAGAACUUUGACAUAAUGUUCAUUGAUCGUUCAAAGAUUAUGUCAAUAUAAAAUAAUCUUCUAUAAUCGAACGGAAUUAAAUAGACAUUGUCUAUAUAAUUAUGAUUUCAAAGGUCUUAAUUAGGUGUGCUUAAUGUUGUCAUGUUAAAAGAACGAUUUUGAGAAAACAGGUUUGACGGGAGCUUGCUUUAGAUCAAUCUUAUCUGCUUAUGGAGAUUUUUGUAUUCAUAUCAAGUCUGUCCAUCUAUGCACGGUCGGGUUCAAAUAAAUAGGAAUGAGUCAUCUUUAAGUCAUGAGUUACAACUUGAGAAUGAUCUAGAUCGUUAAAUAAACAGAGCUCAUUGGCCUCUUUUAACCAUAGAAAUUGAUCAUAUAACGACAGAGUCAGACACAGCUUUAAAAAAGGCAACCAGUAACCCCUUCAUCAUCUAUGCUCAACAAAAAUGCAACCAAUUAAUCCUAAAAGGGCCGGUCUAUUUGAGUUCUUAGUACGGCCGGGGGGCAUUAUGCCCCUCCCCCUUAAGAUCUCAGCCAUGAAACGGUCGAUCUCCGCGAAAAUUUGCACGCGUGUCAAGUUUAAGU